GGAGGGAUGGAUGGAUGGAGGAUGGAUGGAGGGAGGAGCUUUCUCUCUGUCUUUUCUUUUCUCACUCGGGACGCGUAAAGCGGAGUGCGAGCUGGAGCGGAUCGGCACCAACCCGCAGAGUUCUGCAGAGGAGGGACGAUCCAGCGGGAGGAAGAGGAGGCAGAGGAGGAAGAGGAGCGGCCGGCCAGCAGCGGGGCUCCGCCGCGGUGGAUUUUCUGUUUGCGCCUGUUUGUGUUUUUUGCGGGGAAUGUGCGGCUCCUCCUCUGCGGCUCUCCAACUUUGUGACUCUGAGCUCUGAUGCGGAGACGCGGCGCGGAGGAUGGGAGAAAGCUGGACCUCCAGGUUCCUCACCGUCCUGCUGGCUCUUCACGUCGUUCCUGUGUUGCAGACGGUGCUGGUCGGUGCUGGCGAAUGCGACUCAGUGUUUAAAGGUUUCUCAAACUGCCUGAUUCGGUUGGGGGACAAAAUGGCCAACUAUCCCCAGGACCUGGACGACAGAGAGAGUCUGAACAAGAUCUGCACUUACUGGGAUAACUUCCAUUCCUGUGCCACGACGGCGCUGGCCGACUGCCAGGAGGGGGCGGCGGACCUCUGGGAGAAACUGAAAAAGGAAUCCCGCAACCUGAAUUUCCGUGGGAGUUUGUUUGAACUGUGUGGCGGCGGAAACGGCGCGCCCAGAUCCGGGGGCCUCGGCUUGCUGCUAACCGCCCUGCCCACCGUACUGACUUGGCUGGCGUUUUAACAGGAAGGAGAAGAAACACAAAGUUAAAGAAAUAAAACACAAGAAAAUACGUCCAACUGAUAAAAAAUCAUUAAGAAACAGUGACAGCUACUCCUCCAUCCUGAAAAACACGACGUCCAGGACUGAGUUUGCAUUCAUCAGAAGAAAACAGCAGAAUUGGAUUUUUGCGGCGCUACGGCAGCCCGGUUGGCCCUGAGGGAGAGCUCGUCCAAUCACACGCCACCUCACCCAGAGGUCAAUAACAUGAAAUAUUCAACACGCCAUUGACCUGAAAUUAAGACAAUGAUGAAAUUUUGAUGGAUAUUCGCCAACUUACAAUUGUGGAAUUA